UGAGGCGCGAUGCUCCGAGCCCCCGUCCGCCACUUCGUCUCUCUCCUCCACCGUCCGCCUCGUCCUCCCACCCACCGCCAGCCAUCCCACCUCUGCCCGACCAUGACCACCGCGGCACCCGCAACCCACCCGGGCUUCCAGCCCAUGCUCCUCGCCCUCCCGUCGCUCACGCCUUCACUCGCGCUUGAGGUUCUUCCCUACGGCUUGACCCUGCACAGGCUCUUUGUCCAGGCGGACGGCAAGACACACGACAUCCUCAUCGGCCCCGAGACGCCCUCCGACCAUCUCGUCCAGAAAUAUACCAACACCAUCAUCGGCCGCUACGCCAACCGCGUCCCCGCGGGCACCCACUCCGUCGCGCGCAACGGCCUCUCCAGCACGCUCACCGCCGCCGCCAACGAAUCCCCCUCCGUCUCCCUCCAUGGCGGGAUCACCGGCUGGGACCUCCAGCCGUGGGAGCCGCUCCCCGACCCGUCCGCCGCGCAGCUCUUCACGCCCGCCGAGCUCACGCGCCUGCAAACCGACGCGCCGACGAGCGUGAUCUUCAGCCGGGUGAGCGAGGACGGCGAGGAGGGGUACCCCGGCAGGCUGCUCUGCGAGGUGCUCGUGGGCCUGACGCAGCCGAAGGGCAAGCCGAGCGAAGACGGGAAGCUGUGGAAGCUCGGGAGCGUCAUCCUGGUGUACCGCGCGAAGCUGCUCGACGAGGGCAAGGUCACGCCGAUCAACAUCACCCAGCACUGGGGCUUCAACCUCGACGCGUCCCUCCAGGACGGCCAGACGAUCAAGGACCACAAGCUGACUAUCAAGGCGGACAACACCAUCGCGCUCGGCGCCGACGCGAACUCGACGGGCACGCUCGCGCCCGUCGGCGGCACGCACCACGCGCACGUCGAGAAGACGACGCGCAAGAUCGGGGAGCGCUUCCCGGAGAACGGAUACGACGAGUUCUACCUGUUUGCGCCCCGCAAGAUCGUCGCGCCGACGCGCCUCCCGGCUGCCGAGCUUACCCCGAAGACCGACCUCCUCGCGGCCGUCGAUGAGGACGCGGACGCGGUCGUUGAGCUCGAGAGCGACAAGAGCGGGCUGAAGCUCGCGUUCCACACGAACCAGUCGGGCGUGCAGUUCUACUCGAACAACUUCUCGAGUCCGGCUGGGACGGCGCGGAAGAAGAUCCACGGAGGUAACGGUGCGCAGGGUGACGGAUACGAGCCUGGCUCUGCCGCCUUCCUCGAGUUCCACGAACCCCUUGCGGCGUGGCUCCACCCCGGGACGGUCGGCGCCUCGGGGAACGACACCCUGCUCGCCUCCGGGGAGGUCUACAACAAUUACGUCCGGAUGGACGUGCUCUACCGCAGCUCGGAGCCGCUCUGAGUCUACGGACCGGCCGUCCCUGGCGCGCGGAGCGAAGACGACAGUGGCGAAGAACGACUGGGAGGGUGUAUGCUGAGAAGAGAGAGGAAUCCGAAGGCAGUGUACUAAUCACAUCUUUAUCCAUCUGUACUAACCGCAAUCUAAAACCCGCAAUGUAUCUGUGCUCUCGUCCUUGCC